AUGGGCACGGCCGCCUCGUUGCCGUCGCACAGCCAUGCCUCGACCGCCCCGGCCGACAGGAUCUUUCCCGACCACGUCCUCAGCCGGUUUGUUUCACAAGACAACAACGGUUCGUUGUCGUCCCUUGCCGGGUAUUUCAAGCUGUUUCUCGCGAUGGAAACGUCCAUUCCUGCUUUUGGCACGUGGCGCAGCCUGGACCAUCCCACCUACCUGUACUUGUACAGCGCCGUGAUUGCAGCGACCAAGGCCGAGCCGUGGCUGGCCUCGGUUGCCACCGAAAUUGAAUCUGCAGACUUGCUACCGGCAACAACGCCAUCAAACACGUUGGUGGAGGCGGUGAAAAGCAUGCUUUCGUUGAUCGAUGCGCGCAUUUCCAUGCAGCUGCGGCGAUUACUCACCAGCGCCCACGGCACUGUCGGCGAGACAUUCCCCAUGGUCGAAGUCCCUUGGGCCAUCAUGCGCAUUUCGAUUCGCAAGAUUAUGACCCACACCGCCAACGGUGCCUUUGUGUCUCCCGUCACAACGUACGUUAUCCCCAUCAUCUCCUUUGAAGAGAAGAUUGCCGCGCUCUCCGAGCUUCGACCGGUUGUAUACACUCCCUGGUUCCAAUCCCCCAAACCCCAAGACCGCCUGUUUGUCAGCACACUCAACAUUGUGGCGAGCCUGCUGUUUCACCCUUACGGCUCGCUGUUUGAGCAGCGUGUCAAUCCUGAGCGCUACCGAAUUGCCGACUACGGAGCCGUGGUCGUCUCUCCCAUGGAUUUCGGCACUGUUUUGCAUCGCCUCGUCGAAGGGCACUACGCACGGCCGGUCGAUUGCGUCAGUGAUCUUGUGUUGACACUGGCCAAUUGUCGCCUGUACAACAUCAAUCCUCACCAGUAUCACAUUGUUGCUGCCGUAUUACAAGUCGGCCUCCAGUCCAUGAUUGAGAUGCAAUUCGGGUCGGCCGACCAUGCCAUGUUUUCCAACUUUGCAGCAAGUGUCCCCGAGUUGCAGAAUCUUUUGAUGAACACGCCGGCGCAAGCUGAGGCACAUGCAUUUCUUCAAGCGCAGCCGACCUUGGCCCAGCACCAAGCCUCCCACCAGCAUACCCACCAGCAUGCUCACCAGCAUACUCAACAGCAUACUCACCAGCACGACCAUCAACAAAACCAGCACCAUCCGUCCACCAGCACCACCUCAACAAACCCACCAACAACCAGCUCGUCCUCGUCGCCGUCGUCGUCGUCUCAUUCGCACAGUUCUUCAAAACGAGGCAAUUCAGCAACCGUCUAUUACACAUUGAAUCGUCCAUUGCCUCGGGAGCCGCUCUUUUCCGGCGUUGCCUCCGCAGCAAGCGAGAGCGGCGUCGUGGAUGAAGCCGACGCGAACGUUGCCCUCACCACCAAUGCCUAUGUGGACAAUUGGAAGCUGGCGCAUGCAGUCAGCGUCCUGUGCAACACUGCAUCCGACGCGGUUGUGCUUGCUCGGUCAAUGACUGCGCCGUUUCACCUGGCUGAUACGUUGACUGCCAUCACAUUCCGGCUCUUCCAGCUGCGCCUGCCAGAGAUGGCGGUUGCCACUCCAGUCAGCCAAAUCAAGGCAGAGCUCGCUUCAAUCAUCCUGGCCGCGCAGCGCUCGGUUCCGCUUGAAACCUUGCCGGUCAACUUUUCGAUACACUGGCCGCAAGCCCGUGCUUCGUCUGUCAAAAUUGACGCUCUCAACCACUUGCUCGCGUGCAUUGAAACGGUCGCACAUUCGCCAAGCUUUGCGAGCUCCAUUUCUCACGAAGGAUCAAUCGUCUCGCCUGCUUCGCAUUUCGCUCGCGCACAAAGCGCCCUCCUGGGCAGUAGUCUUUUGCGGUGUUUUGCCACUCAAUUAUCAAGCUCGGGCUCGGGCCUUGUAACCGCCUGGCUUGAGGCUGUACGCGGCGUCGAGCUCGCUCUCUCGCUGACCUUGCUGCCAAAGGCCAUCAACUUCCGCAACUGGCUCGGCUGCACACCGUUGAUGCGGGCUGCGUCAAGCUCGACUGCUGCCGUGAUUGAGCAGCUCGUGACUGCGGGCGCCAAGCCGAUCUGCUUUUCCGAAAAAAACUAUGCCAGCUCACGUCAGCCCAUUUCCUCUGCCCUGGCUCUUCCUGGAGGCUCGACUGAAAAUUUGCGUGCAUUGUUGACCCUGUCGCGUACCUAUGUUCUCGCCCUUCUGUCUGAGCGCUGCCACACACCACCGGUGGUCCCAAUGGAUACGACGGAGGGUUCAGACGUGCAAGUUGGCAGCAUGCGGGCCCCACGGGCCAGUUCACCGAUGCGACAACCGGCAAGCCACGCUCCAUCUUCGUCACCGCGAACUCCAUCGCGAUCUGGACGACCGCAAGCGAUCAGCAGCAAUGCCGCUUCAUCCACAGCGCCUGCCGCCCCUUCUCCAGCAGCAAAGCGUCCUCGCUCUCGUUCGGCGUCGCCGUCACCGCGAUCUCGCUCACACUCGCCCGUCCCUGCGUCCGUGCCAUCAUCUUCCACCACCGCAGCAGCAUCAGCGCCAACCGCGCAGGCUCCCGUCCCUGCUAUGACAACGGACAAUCUGCACUCAAAGCGUCACGUGCGCUUGCUCACCAACGAUCUCCAAGGCCUGCGAGCGUCGGGCCGGGAUGCUGGCCGACUCGUGUUGCACGCCGAGCGGGAUCGAGCCAUUUUGGCUGUCCUGUCGGCCAGCUUCCGAAGCAUCGUCACGCGCCUCACCUCCAAGUCAGCCAUCCAAAGCCUCAUCUUCCGCUUGCAGCAGGGCAUCGCCCUGUUGGAGGCAGUCACGGAAACGAAAGAGUUUGCGACAGUGCUCCAAGGUGCACUCCUCGAUGCUUCGCGAAAGUGGAAUAUCGACGCGAUCGCCGCCCUGCUCAGCUGCUUCCAUCCGCACUCUGCGUCCGCUUCGAAAGCGGGGGGAGCCGUCCCGAGUUCCAUCACUGCCGCCCUUCCUGACAAUUUGCCGGGUUCAGUGUAUGUUGAAGCGUUGAACGCUGCCAUUCGCGGGUUUUCAGUCAACUCGGCUGCCCGUUGCCAGCCAGGACACAUGGAGAUUGUAGCCUUGGUCGAUGCAGCCCUCCUCGAUUUCAUGCUCCCUUCGCCGCCGGCAACAGCCCUUCCGCUGUCCAGCAACGGCUCGACGAGCAAUCCUCUGUCGACGACGUCGUCUUGCGCAAGACAGCGCGUUGAAAUGUCGGCCUGCUCGCAGGCCAUUGUGCUCUUGCUGCGAGCUGCGAAUGCUGGCUCAGAGUCAAAGAGUCAGCUGGAACAAGAGGUCGCGCGCCUUGCUGCCACUGUGACGCUGGACAUUCGCAACCCGACGAUGCUCAAGUCGCUCUUGACGAUUGGUCCCGUGACUUGCGUCGACGGCUGGCAUCUCGUCGGGGAUUUGUUGCCCCUUUACACGCAGCAUCCGCUUUCGCGCGUGUCUGCCAAGAUGAUUCGCCUCAUCCUGCAGUUUUGUCAUGCAUACAUUUCGGCCCCGCCGUUGAUCGACUCCAUCUUCAAGUGGAGUCCGAUGCUUCCGCGUCUGUACCAUCUUCACAAGUUGCUUUUGGAAACGGGAGAGCGCGUGGUGCAUCGCCGGGAUCGACAAGCAGCAGCUGCCGCCGCCGCGGCUGCAGCAAAUCCUACUGCGCACAACAGCCGUCGCACCGCCUUCGCCCAGUCCUGGCCCUUGUCCGAGCAAAGCUGGAGCUUUUCGACUGUUUCGUGGCAGCUCUCAAACACGAGCACCCGGAUGCACCACGCCGAUCCAAUCAUUGAGGACAUUCUCGGCAGCAAUCCCCCGCCUGCCUUCGGCUCCGCAGCCGGUUUUGAUCGGAACAAUGGCGAUCCGGAUCUCGCCCCAGACGACCCGUUUGGCGAGCAAGUUUACAAGUCGUUCGUGAAUGUCUCCAACGCUGUCCACGACGUCAAGUUUGAUGGCAUUUGGAAGAGCAUCCGCAAACUCCUUGUGGGGCUUGGCGUGGAGGUCGUGGCUGACGCUGCAUUCGAAGUCUACGAGGUCUGGCGUGUCGA